CUUCGCACUUUUUUUUUUCUCUAGACGAAGCUUAACGAUCGUAAUAGUCAUGGCGACCGCUUCAGUUGCUUUUAAGUCUAGGGAAGAUCAUAGGAAGAAAUUAGAAUUAGAGGAAGCUCGUAAAGCUGGUCUUGCUCCUGCUGAGGUCGAUGAGGAUGGCAAAGAAAUCAAUCCUCACAUACCUGAGUAUAUGUCAAAAGCUCCAUGGUAUCUCAACUCUGAAAAACCGAGUUUGAAGCAUCAAAAGAAUUGGAAAACUGAACCCGAACUCAAAAGAAUAUGGUAUGAUAGAGGUGCAAAGAUCCAUCAAGCCGAAAAAUACCGCAAGGGAGCGUGUAUAAACUGUGGUGCAAUGACACACAGUUCUAAAGCAUGUAUGGAUAGACCUCGUAAGAUUGGAGCUAAAUACACAAACAUGAACAUUGCAGCUGAUGAGAAAAUCGAGAGUUUUGAACUUGACUAUGAUGGCAAGAGGGACAGAUGGAAUGGUUAUGAUCCUUCAUCUUACCGUCAUGUGGUAGAUCGUUAUGACGCAAAAGAGGAGGCACGGAAGAAGUACCUGAAGGAGCAGCAACUUAAGAAACUAGAGGAGAAGAACAAUAAUGAAAACGGUGAUGAUGCAACCAGUGAUGGGGAGGAAGAAAAUGACGACUUAAGGGUCGAUGAAGCCAAGGUUGAUGAGAGCAGGCAGAUGGAUUUUGCAAAGGUGGAAAAACGUGUUCGAACAACUGGUGGUGGUAGCACAGGAACUGUUAGGAAUCUGCGUAUCAGAGAAGACACUGCAAAAUACCUGUUGAACCUUGAUGUCAACUCAGCUCAUUAUGACCCUAAAACUCGAUCCAUGCGUGAAGAUCCACUUCCAGAUGCAGAUCCAAAUGAAAAAUUCUAUUUGGGAGAUAAUCAAUAUAGAAACAGUGGCCAAGCUCUGGAGUUCCAACAGCUAAACGUCCAUUCAUGUGAAGCAUUUGAUAAGGGACAGGACAUGCAUAUGCAAGCGGCUCCUUCCCAAGCUGAAUUGCUCUAUAAGAACUUUAAAGUUGCAAAGGAAAAACUGAAAUCUCAGACAAAGGACACAAUCAUGGAAAAGUACGGGAAUGCAGCUACCAAAGGUGAAAUUCCGAUGGAGCUUUUGCUUGGCCAAAGUGAAAGACAAGUUGAGUAUGACAGGGCAGGCAGGAUUAUAAAGGGACAGGAGGUGAUAAUUCCAAAGAGCAAAUAUGAAGAAGAUGUUCAUGCUAACAAUCACACAAGUGUUUGGGGAUCAUGGUGGAAAGAUCACCAGUGGGGAUAUAAAUGUUGCCAGCAGACCAUUCGCAACAGCUACUGCACAGGUUCUGCUGGAAUUGAAGCUGCAGAGGCAUCCCUUGAUCUGAUGAAGGCUAAUAUUGCUCGCAAAGAAGCUUCUAAAGAGAGUCCGAAGAAGGUUGAAGAGAAGAGAAUGGCGACAUGGGGAACCGAUAUUCCUGAAGAUUUGGAAUUGAACGAGGAGGCACUUGCCAAUGCUCUUAAAAAGGAGGAUCUAAGUAAGAGGGAAGAAAAAGAUGAGAGAAAACGCAAAUACAAUGUCAAAUACACCAACGAUGUGACUUCGGAAGAUAUGGAAGCUUAUAGAAUGAAGAGAGUUCACCAUGAUGAUCCAAUGAAAGAUUUCCUCGGCUGAUUUCAACUCUUUCCCUUUCACCAUAUUAACCUGAAGAAACCUUAUUUUUAACU